GGGUGGGGGGCAGCCGGUGGAGACACCACGGAAGCAGAGGUGAGGUGAGGGCCACGCGUCGGGGAAGUUUGGGCCCGCCGUGUAGGUCCAGCGAUCGGUUCCAGGGGUGCAGUGAGGGGAUUCCUUUUUCCCUGCGUUGACUCGGUCGUCUCUCCCGGACUAGGACGUCUCUCUGAUCUUGACCACCUUGCAGCCAUGCGUCUCACUGCCCUGCUGGCCCUGGCAACCAAGGUCACUCUGCCACCCAACUAUCGCUAUGGGAUGAGCCGCCCUGGCUCCCAGUCAGACAAGAGGAAGAACCCACCUUGGCUCAGGCGACGGCCGGUGGCUGUGGAGCCCAUCUCUGAAGAAGACUGGCACCUGUUCUGUGGGGACUGGGUGGAGAUCUUAGAAGGCAAGGAUGCCGGGAAGCAAGGCAAAGUGGUUCAAGUUAUCCGUGAGCGGAACUGGGUGGUCCUGGAGGGUCUGAACACACAUUACCGCUACAUUGGCAAGACCUCAGAGUACCGGGGCACCAUGGUCCCAAGCGAAGCUCCCUUGCUCCACCGCCAGGUCAAACUUGUGGACCCUGUGGACAGGAAGCCCACUGAGGUGGAGUGGAAGUUCACAGAGGCAGGAGAGAGAGUCCGAGUCUCCACCAGAUCAGGAAGAAUUAUCCCCAAACCAGAGUUUCCCAGAGCUGAUGGCAUCAUUCCCGAGACGUGGAUUGAUGGCCCUAAAGAUACGUCAGUGAAAGAUGCCCUAGAAAGAACCUAUGUACCAGGACUGAAGACACUGGAGGAGGAGGUGAUGGAGGCGAUGGGAAUCCAGGAGACUCGGAGACACAAGAAGGUCUACUGGUACUGAACCUGGGGAGAGCAGCUGCCCCCCUGGCUGAGCUGCACCUUGCAAGCUGGGGCCACCUUUCCAGGUGCCAAUAAAGAGCCGUGAGCCUUC